AUGGCCUCUAUUCGCGUUCUUUCCUUCGAUGCUGAGGGCCGUCCCGUGCAGUUCACUUCCUGGCUCGACGACCUGCAGUUGUAUCUUAUGAGCAAUAGCACGGACCACAUCUCCCUCUAUGACUACGCGUCUGGUGCUGCCGCUGCUCCUGCUGCCACAGCCGAGCUUAGUGUACGUUCACAGUGGCAGACUCGUGACGCUGCAGCUCGCCUGGCUAUUCGCAGUCACCUGCCGUUAGCUGAGCUAGAGCACUUUGGCGACUGCAAAACCGCUAAAGCCCUAUACGACGCUGUCGUUGCUCGCUACUCCUCACCUGCCACAGCCGAGCUUAGCCGUCUCAUGCUGCCUUACCUGUUCCCUGACCUGUCCACCUUUGCUACAGUCGCCGAUCUUAUCACCCACCUUCGCACUAGUGAUGCUCGCCUGCGUGCCGCCCUUCCCACCGAGUUCUGCGCUAAGAACCCCCCUCCCCUGUACUGGGCACUCCACUUCAUAGUCACCCGUCUCCCUGACACCCUCAGCUCAGUGCGCGACUAUUUCCUUGCUCGCUGUCCCACUGAGCUCACUGUCGCCCUCCUAGAGGAGAAGCUGCUAGCAGCCGAGAAGAGCAUUGUAGCUGUUGGUGCUGCUCGCGGCGCUCCUCGCACCCCCAUCUUUGAGGGGUGCUCUCCCUCUCCCCUCGCUCCCUCCUAUGCUACUGCUGCUGCUGUUGACUUCCUUGGUGCUGAGUCUGCUGGCGCUGCUUCUGCUCCUGGUGGGAGGCGCCGCACCGGCAAGGGCAAGGGGGGCAAGGGUGGCGGGGGUGGCGCUGGGGGGGGAGGGGGUGGGGGAGGUGGGGGGGGAGGCGGUGCUGGAGGGAGCGGUGGCGGGAGUGCCGGUGGGAGUGGGGCCGGCGGCGGAGGCGGGGGCGGCGGCGGGAGCAGUGGCGGUGGUGGCAGCGGCGGCAGUGGCGGCGGUGGCGGUAGUGGCGGUGGCGGUGGCGGUGGUGGCGGUCGGAGCGGAGGUAGUGGCGGCGGUGGAGGUCGGAGUGGAGGCACCGGCUCGGGCCAGAGCUCCCAGCAGCAGCAGCGUCCCCAGUCGACCCAGCAGCUUCGUGAGUGGCUUGCUCAGCGUGGGACGUCGGGGGGCAGUGGCCGCUGUUCCUAUGUCAUUCGCACAGGUGAUCGCAAGGGGCAGACGUGUGGAAAGUUCCACACUCAGUACCGCUGCUUCUUCCGCCUUGACGACGCCUGGCGUGAGGAGAUGGGCGAGGAUGUUGAGCGCCCUCGCUGGGCUGAGCUGAUGAGGGCUGGUGUUGAUAUCUUUGCUCUUGACUAUGAUGCUAUUAUUGCUGCCAUGUAUGCAUUGACUGUUAGUGCCGAGGGAGACUGUUACUUGUGUGUGCCGCCUGACCCAGGUAUAGGGCCCGCUGCCCUAGGUACUAGUGAGUCUGCUCUCUCUGGUAUGGUGCCCCCUGUACCUGCUCCCUCCAGCACUGUCCCUGCUGCUUGCGAGUCUGCUCUCUCAGGUACAGCACCCACAGAGACUGCUCUCUCAGCUCACACCGCUUCCUGCACCGGUCCCAGUCUCCUUGGCUGA